AAAGCCGCGAUACUCGCUUCGCACAGAUGCUUCCACAUCUCUCUCGCGAGUGGGCUAAGGUCUGAGUUUGCUGCUCCCAACCCCUAGGAUCAUGCCUCCGAUCGACUCCAGCUGGGUCUGCCGUAAUCCGGCCAAGCAACGCACCAGAAAUACAGCCAGCCGGGGACGAUCGAUUGUUCUUCGCACCCGAAGACGUGUAUGCAGUAUUGCAAUAUGGGUCAUGAACGCAUCCUGCAUACUUCGCACUGAGGGAGACCCGGCUGUAGCUUUGGGACACGUUGCGGGAACUUGGGCCCGUGUUCAACCGAUGCGUCUUUCAUCCCCUUUCCUAUCGUGCAAACGGUGGUGCUUUCGGUGUGUGCGCCGGAUGGUUUUAGCCCCCCAGCAUUUCAUCCGAAUGACGUCCACGGUUCCAUCCCCCCAUUUGAUGAGGUCGCUUUCGUCCUAUGGUGGGGUACACUUGACCUGCAGACGAGGGAAUGCGGCGAAGCGCAAGGUUCACGGGUCCUUUAGUGCACUUCGUGGCGCUCGGGUGUCUAUUCAUCCGUGCAACUCGAUUCAGACUACUCUCAGUCGUCGUGAUUGAAUUUUUCAGUACUACUCCUUUGGAGUUCUGUGUAUGCGUAACAUGUUACGAUCGUGUGUUUCAAUUCACUCGCAUGCG